AUGGCGGCGCAACAUGCUAUGGAUUCGCCCAGCCUGAGGAACUGCACCCCGCCAGCGAGCCUGGAGUCGCCUGAAGAGCGCCGUGACUCUAUGGAAGACGCUGACUGCUCUCCCUCGCGAUUCAAACGCCCCCGCCUGGACAGCGGCAGCCGUGCUGUCCGCAAAAUGUCCCAAGAUCUGGACCACGAGAGCCUGGCGCACCCAGAUGCUAACGCGCCCGCAACGCCCAUGGAACAGCACGAGCAAACUGAGGACCCCGUUUCCCACACCCCAAAUACUCCUAGCCGCAUCACCCUCAACCUGCGCCCGCCGCAAACUCCCUCGCACACCCGCGCCGCUGCCGAGCCCUCCGCCGACACCCAUGCCGAUGCAAACGAGGCUGUCCACCAAAUGACUGCCGCUUCAGACUCAGAUUCCAGCGCGACCCUCCGCUCCUCCCCUUCCGCUUCCUCGCCGAACAGCAAGAUCCACACCCCGCCCCCAGACGCGGAACGAACUGACUCCGCACUGUCGCCCGGCGCCGCUUCUAGCCCCGUGGUCGAGAUUGCCGUGGACGACGCUGACGAUAUGGCCGACUCCUCAGAUAACGUGGUAGAGCUGAACGAGGACGAUGAGGAAGAGGUGGUCUUCGUCGGCGACAUCUUCGAGGCCUUUCCGUUCGCAAAGAACUACGGUCGGGAGACUGCCCUAGGAGGGUUGCUAAACUUGAUCUCGAGACCACGCCAUGGCAAUGAUGGCGAGCUGACACAGCUAAAGGACUGGCUGCUCUGUCUUUCGACGUUCGUUCAUCAAGGCAAGCUUGACGCGCGCACUACGUAUCUGCAGGAGCCCGUAUUUUGGGACGAGAUUGCCAAGAUGUUCCACCGCAUAACUCAGCGUCAGGUUCCGUAUGGAGAAGCUUUCCACCUCGACCCUGACAAAAGCGAAGUUGACGCCCUGCGGGAUCUAUGGUCUGCGUACGCUAAGUGCGUCGCGCAAAUGCUCAAAGUCGAGAUCAAGGCCCUCGAGGCCGGCACUUACUCCGUCAGCAACUCGCGCCUUGUUGCCUUCAACCACAUGAAAAUCAUGAAAGAUAUCCUACGGUUCCGCGAGGACCUCCCAUUUUGGGUAUUGAUGAAUGACCUUGUUGUCCAGGACUCCGACGCAUUGAAGAAGAUAUGCUCCACGAUUAUGUCUGGCUUCGUUUCCGAGCUGGGCGAACCUUCAUGCCUGGUCAGCCUGACAUCCUUGAAGGGACCCAUUGAGCUUUGCAUCGAACUCGUCAACACUACUGCAACAAUUCUGUCAAGCGCCGCAUGCCUGGACCCAGAAAUCGCCCUGAUGCCUGACGUUCUCCACUUAUCAUGGUUGCUCAAGACAUUAGAGCAGUACAUACUGAAGGGACAUAUGGCACAUCGCCUGUACGCUAUCGAGAGCAUGAGCGCUCAGUUCAUCCAGGUCUGGACCAACUGGAGCCAAAAGUCUUACAACGAGAACAUUCUCCACCACUUCGCGCAAAUCUUGUUGGAGGACAAGAUCAUCGACUAUAUCAUAGGCGUCGAUUCACAUCCUCAGGUCGUCUCCCGGAGCGGCAACAUCGUGGGCUUCCUGGCUGUGACUGAGCAUUACGGAGAAGCACAGACCGAUGCCAUUUGGGACUCGAUCACACAGAACCAGGAUCCACGGAUGGCGGAAGCCCUCAUUGAGAUGACCAUGCAUACAGCGCUUCUAAUCUUCUCAGCGAGCUUUGUGGAGCUCUUCAAGCGUAUCUGCGAUGGCAUCCAGAAGAAAGCCAAGGCCGACCUUACCAAAUGGACUGAGGAGCCGAGGAGGAUGGCCGUCUUCUCGCUUGUGGCUGAGGAUGUCUCCGAAGAACUUUGCGCUUUCGUAGCAGCAGAGAAGAACAACGCUCGGAAGGGCCUCAGCAUACCACUCACAUCGCGGCUUCAGCUUCUAUUCUGCCUGAUGAACCUGCCGUCCACUUCCUUGACUGCAGAGACAGAGAAAAAACGUCGCACUUCGACAGAAGCGCCCUGCAACACUAUUGAGAAGAUCACAGCGGAAUAUCUGGCGAACCUCUAUUUGGAUCCCCAGGCUUUCGACCAGUACAUCGAAGAAUUUCCUAAUGUCGUUCGAGAUACCCAUAUCGCCCUCAUCAACCGUUGCAUAAACCAGAUGGUGUCGACAUAUUCUGCUUUGAAAGAGUCCGAAAAGACGGCUACGCCUGGAGAGGUGGAGAUGGAGGACGCGGAGCCAAGGGCGGACCCGAAGAUGCUUGAGCUCCAAUUUCAGAGGACUCUGCUGUUCCUCACGGUGCUGCUAAACCUGGUCAAGAGACGCCCUGACCUUCAGAUCACAUCGCCUCGUCUCAUAAAGCCUGCUAUCCCUGCAAGGAUGGAAGACACGGUUGGCGACAUCUGGCCAAUCAAAUUCCAAGCGAUCGGCGCCGAGAUUGGACUUAUGCAGACUGUUGAAGUCGGAGAUCUUCAGUCGUUGUCAUGGCUUGCGGAGCGUCUGCGUGACUGGACCGGGUUCUACGAAUUUCGACUGAUCCAUGGUGGUGCCCCACUUGAUCUACAAGCACUGGGUGAUAAGACAAUCCGCGACUUGUCGCUUCAUCAGAAGGGCGCCAUUCUGGUCAAGAAUGUUGGUGACACUGCCGCGCCCGCUCACUGUCAGGGGAGCUCGAGUUUGAUUGAGAAAGAAAUUCUCACCAACUAUGACACCAUCUUCGAUUUCCUGGACGGCGGCGAUGACUCCAUGAGCGAGGCUGCGUACGAUUUCCUGAACCAGCUACCCCCACACGGAAAGGCUCUAGCCGUCACGUACGGAGGUCGACAGACAGAUUCCAUAUCAGACAUUUUCAAGUCUUCUUUCUCUCCGGGGAAGCUGUUCAAAGCCCGAAUCUCCGUGUCCACCCUUCGUAAAGAUUUCAGGAACCAAAUGAGAUCGUUAAUCAGUCAUUCCGUUCAGCUUCUCAACGCUGUGAUUCUGAACGAGGGACUCAUCAACGAUUCCCUGUCCGGACCGCACGAUGAAUUCCUAGCCCAGUCCGUCCUGGAGACGUUUACAGAACUGUUGAAAGAGAGUGUUGACGCGGAGGUAUCGGCAUCGUACUUUGAUAACGAGAAACGCCUCACCAGCCGCCUCAUCUCCUUCUUGAAAUCUUCUCUAAGCGCAUCAAAUAUCCACCUCGCGUUUCAAUGCUACGUAGCCUUGCUUGAGGCGUUCAACCACAGCUCAGGCGUUUGGGACGAAUUCAAGGCUCAAGCAGAACUCGAGGACCUCCACUUCACACUUUUGGUUUCGCAUGAGUGCGAAAAGCUCCGGGAGACCAUAUCGAUCAACAUCGAGAACGAGUGCCAACACCUCUCUGGUGAUUCUUUCGUUGGCAGAGAGGAAUUCGUGUCUUUCUACUGGAACAUCUUGUCAAACCUCCUAUCGCGCGCCUCCCAGUGCUCUAAAUCCUGCCAACAGCUCUUCGACCUGUCUGCUAAGAUCUUCCGCUGUGAGCUCCUCCUGGCGCACAAAUACAAGGCUUGCGUCGGUCGUCCUGAGAUUGACUUUGUCAAGCCGUUGAAUAUUGAGAGCCUUGCCGCGGAUAUCUUCACCAAAUUCCUCUUCCCGCCUGCCUCUGAUACAGCGGCCGAUAGAGAGAGCGGCGCAAGCGACGUCCUUCCCGUGCUGGAGACGAAAACAAGAGCUGGGCUUUAUGACUUGAUCACGGCGCUCUGCGAGGACACAGUCGUGUACACACAAAUGAUUGGGUUCAUCCGUGGGCUGCUGCAUGACAACACUCAUGACGAUUACGACGACUAUGUGCUCUCUGGCUCGCGAGAUCUGCGCUCUGAAACGGGCUACCUUUUCAUGGACAUAGAGUUCAGGAAGUUUGUUUUCGAGGCUGAGUGUGGUACCAAGGAUGGCCUGCUGAACGCCAUGCAAGACCUUUUCGCCACCAUGCAAAGCAGCUACGCGAGAUCGGUCGACAUGAAACCAUUUGCUCACUGCGUUCGCGGCACCGACAAGAAGCCGAUCAAUGUUGCAAUCCAAAUGGACACUGAGGAAUUCUUCCGAUUACUCAUGGACCAGCUCGAAAGCGAACUACAAACUACCGAGACACUUUUCAACUUGCCUCUGGAGGUCAAGGGCAAAGAGACACUUGAAGACAGUCUGAAAGCCUAUGUCGAAGGCGAAAGCCUGGAAGGCGAAAACAACGUCCCCGACAACCUGAUCGUCCACUUGAAGCGCUUCGACUUUGACCCGUUUACAAUGACCCGGAGUAAGAUCAACGACUACUUUCGCUUCCCGUCACGCAUCAACAUGAGUCCCUACAAGGUGGAGUAUCUCAGCGAUCCGGACCAGCCUAUUGAGGAUGACUUCUUUGAGCUGGUCGGCUGCGUCAAGUGGAUCAAGUUCAACGACGAUACUGUCACGGAGCAGGACCUUAGCAAAGUUGAAACCGAGUGCUUCGGCGGAAACGGCAGGCAUACUUCUGCGUACAUGCUUCUCUAUCAGCGCGCUUCGUCGCUCGACAAGGAUGGGACGAGCAUCCUUCGUGCUCCGCAAUCGCUGAACCCCAUCGCGGCAAUGCCCAAGGAUCUCGAAAGACGGGCUCACACAACCUUCAUUCGUAAAAUGAUUGGUCAGAUGCGGACGAUCAACAAAGGGGUGUGCACCGAUGAUCAUGGCCUGGAGAAGUCCGUCAUCAGCAUGGUCUUGGAGCACAUCAAACAUGAGCGCGCCCUAGCCGAUUGGCUCAUAUACUCUUACCAGGUUGACUCCACCAACGCAGUCGGUUACCACGUUGCUUGCUUCAUCGUCGAUGCGUUGAAGGAGCUUCGAUUCCACGACCCUUCAAGAUAUGGCCUGGAAAGCUCCGAUCCUGACCUGGAGCAGGCUCUGGAGGAGAACAAAGAUGGCGCAUUACACAAUAUGCUCUCCCGCGUCAAGAAAAUGGCCGCGGACCUUGGCUAUUGCCCUCGCGGACUAGACUUGGGUCAGCACGUCUGGGACAUGUACUUCAAGUUCCUGUCCGCGGUGGCCGAUUUCGGCAAACACGAGGUCGCGCUCCUCCUGCACCACGGGUUCCUGAUGCUGUGUCUUGAGAUCUACAAUCUCGAUGCGGUCCCAGAAAUCAACGAACGGCAUCCGCAGAUCAGUAAAACUUUGGCAAGGAAGGGCAGCAAGCCGUCUUUUGUCGAAAUGACUAUCUUCUUGGCACUCCUCAUGCAGCACAUUGACCUGGAAGCUGAUCUCGUUCCCAACACUCUAGAGCGCAUUCGGUCGUUUUCCGACUCCGAGCAGCAGAAAUUCCCCUUCACAAAUUCAGAGAGUCGCCUGUUCUACUGGUGGGACAAGGAAAACAAUUGCCUAACGGUCCUCAACCGGCUCCUUGAGACAUGGGACCCGACCAUGCGGAACUUUGCUCCGGGAGACAUCAUCAAGGCGAUCAUGGCGAUUGAGCCGGACGCAGGUCACCUCACUUCCAUUCACACCACGAUCCACGAAGGCGUCGAGUUUCUGAUGCCACACUCGAGUGUACCGCCGAAGGACGCGCAGUUGAUGGCUCGCGACAUUGUCAACUGCUUUUCUCCUGAUAAACACUUACUGGGAGAGCACUUCUGCGGCUUUGUCACCACGUUCACGAAUCUUCGCAACGAGCAUAUCAGUCCGAGAUACCCGGAUUUCUUCUAUGUCCAGAUAGUUGGGCUAGCGCACAUCUGGGCACCCAGGCUCUUGUGCUUCGAGGACUCGGAGGUUCAGACAGCUACUUUGAACCUCGUAAGAAGGAUAAUCACUGACAACCUCCCCGGCCAACCGUCUGCUAAGCGGGAAUGGGAUAUGGACGAUGCUCUCGAGGCACGCGUCACCGCAGUACGAAACCUUAUGUGCGCUGGGUUCGAGCGUGUGAAUGUUCUGAACCGAGAAGCCGACGUUCCCCGGAGCGUUGUCGACUACCUUUACCACCUCAUGUUCGAAUGCAGUCGCUUCCUCAGGGCCCUCCGAGCUGUCUGGCCCGAUGCCUUCAGCCCCGUCGAGUUUGAAGAGCUUGACCAAAGAUUUUCUGCGGUGGCGCAAAUCUACAGGGAUUGGCCGGAGAGUGAUGAGUACGACUCGACUUUCUCGGGUGACGAGGAACUGGAGUACACGGAUAACGACGUCGAGGCCGUUUGA